AUGGACCUCGCGCUUGGGUGGACGCGGACGCGACGCCCGCGAGGAGCGACGCGGUGGAAAGACGGAACGACGGGAAGCGAGAGGGGCGGACGGCGCGCGGCGUUCGGGGUCGAUCUGGACGACGAUGGGUCGGAUCGCGCGCACGUCCCGAGGAGAGAGAUUUUGGAGCGCGUGGAGACGAGCGGGACGGCGAGCGCGAGCGCGCCGGGAGAAGCCGUGUGGACGCCGCGGACGGUGGAUGUGCGACAGAAGUCUCCGAGACAGUGGAGUCCGAUUGCGUUGGCGUUUUUGGGCGACGCGGUGUUCGAGCUGUACGCGCGAGGGGUGCUGUUUUAUCCCCCGGCGAAGCCGCUCGAUUACGACUUGAAGACGAAACGCCUGGCGCGCGCCGAGGCGCAGGAUUACUUGCUUCGGCUCCUCGUCGACGGCGGUGAGCUGAGCGAGGAUGAGAUUUCCAUAGUUAAGUGGGGGCGAAACGCGGCGUACGGGAACAUACCGACGCGAUUGAAGGGUAAGGGCAAGGGCGGACACGGGACGUAUCGAAACGCGAGCGCGCUCGAGUGUCUCGUCGGCUACCUCUACGUCGCCGAUCGCGCACGAUUGGAGGAAAUCAUGGCAGUCAUCAUGUCCGAAUCCGCCAUCACCGCCGCGACCGAGGUCUAG